CGCUGGCCCCGCCCCGCUCUCGCCCCGCUCUCCCCCCAAGAUGGCGGCGCCCUUGGCGGUGCAGCUGCAGGAGCUGUUGGACCCCCGGCCCAGCCCGCGGGACCCCGAGGAUGAUGCAGAGGAAGACACAGUUGCUAAAGUGAUUGACAGAUUUGAGGAUGAGGGCACGGAUGACAUUUUGCCUGCUGGCAAUAUCAGGAAAAGAGCUUCAGCCUCUCUCCUGGAAGCUGAUAAGAGGUACAGUGGGAAAGCCACGUCUCGGAAAGCUCUGCAGGAGGAGCUCUGGGGAGAUGCUCUGUCUGAAGAAGGAUCUGCUGAAGAAGCACUAGAUGACUGGUACAGUGGCAGUGAAGGCUCAGAAGAGGAGGGCAGUGUUGGCACUAAGGGCAGGGAGAAGCCCAGCAGUGCUGGCAGUGAGCAGGAGGAGGACUUGGAGGAUGAUGAAGAGGCCAAGGCACCAAAGUUCAGCUCCCAGAAAAUCACAGACUUUGAGAAGUUUACAGAGGGCAUGGAUGAUGUGGGGAGCAGUGAAGGGGAGGAUGAAGAUGAAGAUGAGGUUGAGGAUGAAGAUGAUGCUGACAUGGAAGAAGGAAGUGAGGAGGAGGAGGAGGAGUUUGGGAGUGAAAACCACGAUGAUGGAAAAGAAACCAAAGACAGUGAAGAUGAUGGGGGAGUGCUGACCUUCUCCAGAGGACAGGAGUCUGAAGAGGUGGAGAAGGGCAAAGCUGUGAGGAACCAGCUAGCCCUGUGGGAUCAGCUGAUGGAAGGGAGGAUCAAGAUGCAGAAGGUGCUCCUGACAGCCAACAGGCUGCCCCAGCCAGACACCUACCCCAGGUUCAGGAAGGAGGGGGGACAGGACUUUGACCACGCUGUGGAGAACUGUUGUAAAGCCCUGGAGGCCUUGCUGAAAGUGCUGGUGGAGCUUCAGGAUGAGCUGCUUUAUCAGUACCCAGGCACGAGGCAUCUGGUGGAUGGAAAGCAAGCAAAAACUGAGAGUGAGGAUGAAAUCCUGAGCAGCAGCGAUGAGGAGCCGGUGGAGAAGGCUCAGGAGAAGAGGAGGAGGCUCCCCAAGAGGAAGCUGAGGUUUGAGGAGUACCCUGAGUUCAUAGCCAAGCGCUACAGGGACUUCAGGAGCUACAGGAACAGCACCCUGCAGAAGUGGCACGACAAGACCAAGCUGGCAACUGGCAAAAUGGGGAAGGGCUUCGGCGCCUUGGAGCGCUCGGUGCUGGCGCAGAUCGAGCACGUGCUGCUGGACAGGGAGCGCCUGCUGCGGCGCACGCAGACCCGCCGCUCCCUCUACACCGUGCUGGGCAAGCAGGAGCAGCCUGCCCCAGCCCCUCCACCCGGGCCUGCCACCUCGGAAGUCCUCCCUCCCUCAGACUCCAACAGGCACCUGAAGGACAUUGAUGAGGAGAUCUUUGAUGAUGAUGACUUUUAUCACCAGGAGAGGAAGGUACAGGCUGGAAAAGCAUCCUGCAUCCUUUCCUGCCUGGAAUUGCCUGGAUUCCAGCUCCUGCGAGAGCUGAUCGAGCGCAAAACCACAGCCCUGGACCCCAACGACCAGGUGGCCAUGGGCAGGCAGUGGUUGGCCAUCCAGAAGUUACGGAGCAAAAUAAAGAAGAAGGUGGACAGGAAAGCCAGCAAAGGGAGGAGAAUCCGGUACCACGUCCACAGCAAGCUGGUGAGCUUCAUGGCACCUAUUGACCUGUGCACGAUGAAUGAUGAUGCCAGGACGGAGCUGUACCGGUCACUGUUUGGAAAAGUCACAAAGGGAGAAGGAGCAGAGCAGAAUUAGGGGCUGGAGCUCCUGGUGUCACACAGGGAGAAGGAGCAGAGCAGAAUUAGGGGCUGGGAUGGAGCUCCUGGUGUCACACAGGGAGAAGGAGCAGAGCAGAAUUAGGGGCUGGGAUGGAGCUCCUGGUGUCACACAGGGAGAAGGAGCAGAGCAGAAUCAGGGGCUGGGAUGGAGCUCCUGGUGUCACACAGGGAGAAGGAGCAGAGCAGAAUCAGGGGCUGGGAUGGAGCUCCUGUGUUCUCAGCUGCUCCCUCAGGCUGCCCAGCCUCAGAAUCUCUGUGAUCAGAAUGACCCUGAGAUGUGUUAGAGUCUCUUUUCCCAGCCUGGCAGUGGAAGGAGGACUCAGAAUUCUUCUCUUCUGGUUUUCAAGGUUGUUUAUUUUUCUGUUGCCUGUCACAUCCUUUCCCUGGCCUGCUGAGGUCUGUGCAGCAGGUCAGACAGAGGCACACUGACUGCCCUCUGAGGUGCUGGUGUGUUUUUACUAAAAGACUUUAUUUACAAUAAUUUUCCAAUGCCUAUCACCUGUGUUAGACAGUGUGUUCCUACCUUAAACCAACCCAAAAUUGCCAGCAUCACCCAGAGAUGGAGGCCAGGAAGAAGAAGGAAAAAGGACAGAACACGCCCAAAUUCCUCCAUCUUGGGACCCUGAGCCCCCAUUCUAAAAACCCCAAAAUUCUUCUUUUUCACCCUGUGACACCAAACAAUUAUUCUGUUUAAACUCUCCUGACUUGCA